AUGACCGCCACCAUGGACCUCGACGAUAUUCCCACGUCCUCACAAGAGCCUCCGCUCGCUUCCGGGGCAAGCCAUAGUACCCCGAAUCGAAAUGCCUUUCUCUCCCCUCCCAGGAGGAGGGAAAGGAGGAACCCUUCCGUUACUCCCCGGAGAUUCGCCCGCUUCUUCGGUCCCAUGCUUGCCGGGAACUCUUCUACGUCCGGACUCGAUCCCCGACCGGCAUUAAAUGAGAUGGGUGAUUCUGUGACAAACCACCAGGGUUCUACAGUCAAGAGGAAGCUGUUUGAGUCCAGCUCACACUCGCUCACUCUAUCUCUCCCGGAACCCGAGCCCUUGAUGAAGCGUGUGAGGGUUCAGGACAGCAACCCUCAUCCAUUCAGCGAUGAGAACAUCCCGUCCUUCUCCCACCGUCUUUCUGGAGCCCAGCACACUCUUGAGGACGAUGCAAUCCCAUCUUCGCCGUGUGUACCUUCGAGCCCUCCACCCUUCCCCCAAGACAUUGAUGAUCUCCAACCGAAGACUCUAAAUGACUUCUGGCCGUGUUCGAGAGGAGCCAGAGCCCGCCGGGAAGGUAUAAUGAAGUCUUUCGGCCGCAGCUUCGAAAACACCUCCGAUAUAGACGCCCUCGAUGACGAAGGAAUGGAUAUCGAAGAACCCGUCCCCCCUCCCCAGCCCAUUAAACGAUUCCGAGCCACAAAUUUCCACAGCCGACUACUCGUUCGCGAAUUUGGCCAUUCCACCCGCAUGCUCCCGAGCACCUAUCAAUGCCCCGUUCCCGAUGUCCACCCCGAUCUCUCCUCUUUCUGCAGCAGGAGUAACGACGUGAUCCAAUGUACGAGUUUCAAAAACGAAUCGCAACUCAUCCCGUUCAGCCUAGCUACCUCAACCAAUCAAGGGAAAUUGGUAACGGCAGUAGGGGAUGAGGAAGGUUAUGUCCGGUUUAUUACGAGGCAGAACGAUGAUGAGCUUGCGCCUGAAUAUUUCUGGCAAGCCCAUGCUAACGCUAUCAUGGACCUCGACUGGUCACCCUCCGGUACUCAUCUCGCAACUGCUGCCGGAGACAGGAGCGCGAGAGUUCUUGACGUCGUGUCUCAAAGCUUACUCUUCAACCUUACUGGGGGACAUGAUAGCUGCCUGAGACAGGUCAAGUUCCAACCGGGAAAUGGCGGCGGCCACAUCUUGGCCACAUCCGAUCGAACUAGCAGGAUCCAGAUAUGGGACACAAGAUAUAAGCGGUCAGUCAGCACAAUCCCGGAGGAAGUCUUGGUCCAGCCCGACGGAACCGUCCUUUCAGAGUCAACCUCCUCGACCUUCGGUGACCCCAUCAACACCAUCUGGGCCGGCCACUACCGCAAGCGGGACUACAACUUAGCCUCCGUGACAUCUCUCCAGUGGCUUUCCCCGGGUCAAAGCCACCUUCUCCUAUCCGCCUCCGAAGCCGACUCGACAAUCAAGCUCUGGGACUCCCGCUACAUCAGCUACACGCGGGACGACAAGCCGAAGCCCCUAGCCUACACGGCCCAGCCUAGCGACCACAUCCGCCGGCCCUACGGCAUCACCUCCCUGGCGCUCAACUCGGAUGCCUCGCGCCUCUACGCCGUCUGCAAGAACGGCACCGUCUACGCCUACUCGACCAGCCACCUUAUCCUCGGCCACGGGCCCGAGCUCGCCACGCUCGAGACGCCGCGACCCCGCAACGGGCGGAACGUCGAGGGCCUGGGACCCAUCUACGGUUUCCGCCACGACCGGCUCAAGGUGAACACAUUUUUUAUCAAGUGCUCCAUCCUGCCUCAGCACGUCAUGGGCACGGAGAUGCUCGCCGUCGGAAGCUCAGAUAACUGUCCCAUCCUCUUCCCCACCGACGAAUCCUCCAUCCGCUCCCAGUGGCCCCUUCUCGAAUCCCACCCUUCCUCCACUUUCACAUCCUCCUCUCAAUCCGACCCCACCAUACCCCUCUCCUUCUCCUCCCAAACCUCAGACCUUACCUCGUCUUUCUCACCCUCCCGCACCCCCAUCGUCCGCAACGGCGUCGCCCUCGUCGAAGGCACCUCCCGCGAAGUCAGCUCCGUCAAGUGGACCCCCGACGGCCAGCUCGUGUCCAUUUCGGACGACUACUCUAUUCGUUUCUGGUCCGCCGAUGCGGAGCGGGCGCGGUACUUGAGGAAUUGUGGCGAUUUUGGAGGGUUGCGGUUCGGUGCUGGUUGGGCGGAUGUGGUGGAUACGCCUUAUGAUGAGUGA